ACUACUUAUUGAGUGAAAUGUAUUAAACAAUCAAAUUGUUUUAAUUGCUGGUAAAUUGUGUAUUGAGUUUAGUUAGCAAUUGCGGUGACAGUAAUGCCGGGCUUUCCAUCGGAAAGAUUUGUCAAUUUGAGUGAAUGGGAGAGAAAUGAGUUGUUGUGCAGUAUAUGCCAGGAUGUGGUCAACUCACCCCUCGUCGCCCAGUGCUGUCUUCAGACCUUCUGCAGGGACUGUAUUCACGAGUGGCUUAAUGUCCGCAAUACCUGUCCGUACGACAGAAGCAUUCUUAACACCACACAGUUGGCUAAGCCUCCACGAAUAUUGUUGAAUAUAUUGGCGAAACUAGAAAUUCGUUGCGAUUUCGCAUCCAAUGGGUGUCAAGAAGUGCUUAAAUUAGAGGAGUUGUCUCAACACUCGUUGAAAUGCUAUUUCGGUUCCGGGUUUUGCGAGAAAUGCUUUUGUCUCAUAUCAGAGUCGGAUGAGUCGCACAAAUCGGUCCACAAUUGCGUCCAAUCUUUGCUUCAAUUGAAUCGCAAAUCAAACCAAGAGAUCGAGUCAUUGAAGCAGACAUUGCUGUCUAAUACGGGUGUGACGGACGACCAGAUCGGCGAUUAUAUGCUGUUAGAUGUGAAUCAAUACAAGAGUCUUAUGAAUGAAAUGAAGGCAUUAAAGGAAGAAAAUGCAAUCACUUUGGAAAGGCUUGAGAGACAGGAAUAC